CCCCGCUUGCGGGAGCCCCCCUGGCCAGCCCGCCGGCCGGCCGGAGGGGGGUCAGCGCGGGCGCGGGGUGGCCCCGUGACCGCCCCGGUGACGGCGCCAGACAGGCGCACGCCCCGCCCUUUCUCCUCCCCGGACCUGCGGGCUUUUGUUAUGCAGAUGGCGGCGGGGCGGAGGAGGAGGGAGCUGGGGAGGAGGGAGGAGUAAAGCCGGGCGACCAGCCUCCUCCUCCUCCUCCACCUCCUCCUCCUCCUCCUCCUCCUCCAACGUCACAUUGUGCGAGAGACAAAACCCGGGCGCGCCUGAGCUCACACGCGCACGCAACGCCCCGCCGACCCCGCCGGGCCCGGCCCUGCCGCGCCGCCAGCCGGGCCCCAGGGCGAGGAGCCGGACCGGCCUCCGUCCACCCGCACCCCGGGGGGCCCCGUCCUCCAGCCCCGAAGCCCCGUCUCUUCCCUCGCGCCAGCCCUCGCUGGAGCUUUCAGCCGCGGACAGCGCCCGGCCAGCCCGGCCGUGCGCCCCAGCCCGCGCCCGCCCGCCCGCCGGGGCGUGAGAAGCGGCGAGAAAGAAAGAAAAGAGAAGAGCGGGCGGAGCGCGUUUCAGCACUCCGGACAGCGCCCGGGCCGGCCCCCGCGGGCGAGGCCAUGGCCAGCGUGCAGCAGGGCGAGAAGCAGCUCUUUGAGAAGUUCUGGCGAGGCACCUUUAAAGCCGUGGCCACGCCGCGUCCCGAGAGCAUCAUUGUCGCCAGCAUCACGGCCCGCAAGCCGCUGCCAAGGACAGACGCCCAGAGCAGCCCCCCGGUCCCAGCCCAGGAUGGACCCUCAGAAAAGCUGAGUCAACGCCUGGCCACCAAGGCCUUGGGCACCACCUGCCUGGAGCUCAGCCCCGCCAGAGCACACAGUGCCUCCCAGGACAACGAACAGACGCCGCCACCUGCCUCCAGGGGGAAGAAGAAAAAGAAGAAAUCCACCCGGAAGAAGAGAAGGAGGUCCUCCUCUUACAGCCCGUCACCUGUCAAGAAGAAGAAGAAGAAAAGUUCCAAAAAACAUAAACGACACAGGUCAUUCUCCAAGAAAAGAAGGCACAGCUCCUCUAGCCCGAAAAGCAAAAGAAAGGAAGAGAAGAGGCACAAAAAACAAUCACGCAGCCGGCCCCGAAAGUCUCACCGCCAUGGCGACCGCCGCUGCCCCUCGCGGUCCCAGAGCUUGGAGUGUCGCUCCUCCAGCUGUGAGAGCAGACACCGCGGCCGGUCUCCUGAGGGAAGGCGGAAGUCCCGCCGAAGGCGCUCUGGCCACAGUUCCAAGAGCCUCUCCAAGGCCAUCCCUGAGGCCCGGUCCAGCCGCCCACCCAGUCAGCCCCUCCCGCUGAGCUGCCUGUCGUCCAGGAGUGUAAUCACUGGGUCGGGGUCUGCUGCUGACUUCUUUACCAAAACAGCCAGCCCGCUCACCGCGUCUCGAGGACGCUCCCAGGAGUAUGAUUCUGGCAACGACACCUCCUCGCCACCCUCCACGCAGACCAGCUCUGCCAGACCCCUGAGACAGGACAAGGGGAGCCCUGCCGAGGGCCUGAGCAAGAGCCGGGAGCUUCACAGUGGCAACACCUCGGAUUCAGGGAACUCCUUCACCACCUCCUCCCCCCAGAACAAGGGGGCCGCUUUGGAGAAUCUCUCCCCCACCAGCAAGGGCAGAGAGUCCAGAGGGUUGCAGUCGCCCUGUCUGGAAUGCGCAGAGGUGAAGAAGUGCCCAGUGGUCCAGGCCACGCCCCCGAGCACGCCCCUUCGAGGCUGCUCCCGAAGCCCCUCCUAUGCCAGCACUCGCUCCUCCAGCCACUCCUCUGGACCCCCCAAGCCCAGGGCUUCCCCCAGGUACACCCGGAGCAGAUCCACCUCCUCUGGAAAAAGGUCCUACUCCCGUUCUCCCAGCUAUUCCUCCAAGUCUGGCAAGAGGAGCCCACCUAGCAGAAGCUCUAGAUCCCGCCGCAGCCCCAGCUACUCACGCUACAGCCCCAGCAGGGAGCGGGACCCCAAGUACAGUGAGAAGGACUCACAGCCACGGGAACGAGAGCGCGUGCGCAGGAGACGACGGUCCUACUCGCCCAUGAGGAAGCGCCGGAGAGAUUCCCCAAGCCACCUGGAGGCGCGGAGGAUCACCAGCGCCAGGAAACGCCCCAUCCCCUAUUACCGGCCCAGCCCGUCCUCCUCCAGCGGGCUCAGCAGCGCCUCCUCCUGGUACAGCGGCAGCAGCAGCCGCUCGGCCAGCCACAGCUACUCCCGGAGCCGCAGCCGGAGCCCCAGUCACAGCCGCAGCCGCAGCCGCAGCUGGAGCCACAGCCGCAGCCGCAGCCGCAGCCGCAGCCGCAGCCUCAGCCGCAGCCGCAGCCCCAGCCGGAGCCGCAGCCGGAGCAGGACCCGCACGAGCUGCAGCUCCAGCUCCCGCAGCAGCCCCAGCCCAGCCUCGCGGAGCCGCAGCCGGAGCCGGAGCCGGAGCCGGAGCUACAGCUCGGCAGACAGUUACUCCAGCACGAGGCGCUAAGCGGGGCCCUCCCUGGAACAAGCCUCCCCGCACCCCUGCCCUGCCUUCUCCUGGGGGAACCGACGCUGCGGGGGCCGCCUAGCUGCGCUUCCUGCCCUUCUGGGGAGGAGAAAAGGAAGUGUGUGUGUGUGUGUGUGUGUGUGUGUGUGUGUGUGUGCACGUGUGCGUGUGCCCGUGUCUCUGUGUGUGUGUGCGCGUGUCUGUGUGUGUGCGUGUCUUCAGUCUCUGCGUGGAUCUGCGAGGAGCCACCGCCACCAGCACCAUCAUUCUGGGGGUCAUCUGGGGCCUGGGAGAGGACGGGCCAUCGGGACCGCCCCCUCAGCGGGACCGCCCCCUCAGCGGGACCGCCCCCCCCCCCAGGGCUCCCAAGAAGCCGCUGAUACCCCCACAGUCAGCCUGGCAGGACAAGGGGGAGAGCCGGUUGUGUCAGCACCGCCUUUCCACCCUCCUCCCCCCAUUCAACCAUGGCUGCUGCUCAUGGACCCCCAGAGAGUGGUGGGCUGGGGUGUGGGGACAGGAGGGGACUCAGGGCCUGGGGCGGGCUAGGACGGGUGGGAGGGGAGGUGAUCAAUGCUUUCAGAAUUCCCCCCGGCAGGCCAGAGCACAGGAUGGAAGGCUGGGGUUCAGGGGGCAGGGUCGGGUCCCAGUAGCGGGGCCCAGGGGCAGGGCUCUCUGUUAGGAAGUCGAGAAGCACCGAGGAACGGAAACUUCUGCUCCCCCUAGCUCCGGGUGUCAGCGAAAGCGAGACCCCGUGGGUUCUCACAGUGGAGCCUCUCGGCCAUUGACGGAGAGAGGACCCAGGGGCCAGGAGAGGACAGCUGGGGCUGCAGCCCUCUCCCCAGAUUCACCUCCGUCCCACCCGCUGGGCACCCACCAAAUUCCACGAGACCAUCUGCUGAGCUUCCCCCGGUGCCCGGGCCGGUUGCCAGCCCCAGCGCCAGGCAGUCUGGCCUUUCCCGCUGCCCGGCGCCUCCCGGCCCCUUCCCCACGGCCAGGCUGCCGUGACCUGGACCGUACCCGAGUUGCCCAGUUCCCACCGGCCCUUAGCCUUCAGCCACACCCUCUUGGCCUCUCAGGAAUCGUACCCAGGCGGGGGCAUAGCUAGUCUGGUUUGGGGAGAAAGACCCAACUCCAGAGGGUUGGAGGCAGGAAGGGCUCGGGCUCGCCACCGUUUAGAUUUUAACUCCCUCUCUCCCGUGACCCGGGCUUCUGGGGUCCCUAGUCCACUCGGGAAGAUCCACCUACAUCGCUGCCCUCACCCCACCUUUCCUCUGCCACCGGGCCUGGGUGAAGAGGGAAAGUUGAUCCCUGACACACAAAUGCCACCAGCUGCUCUGUUCCCCAGCAGGCCCGGAGGACAGGGGCCGGACGCUGAAGCUUCUUAAAAUAAACCCUCGGGCAUCCCCCUCAGCCGCUGCCUGGCUCUCUCUGCAGCCCGGCGGGUGAGUUUGCCAGUUUGUGGAGGCGAGAGCAGCUGGACACAGAGGGCCAGGAAGGAGCAAAGGAAGUGCGGGGGGACAUCCCCAGUUGGGGAGGCCGCGGCGAGGCCUUGGGCCCCCAGCCUCCCUCUCCCCCAGCUCCCCAGGGAAGACAGUCAGAAAAACAUCUAGUAUCAUGGGAACAGGGUCGUGCCCCCUUCCAUCCUCCCCUUGCCCAUCACCCCAGUCCGGGGAACCUGGUACAAGGGUCUCCCAAUCCUUCAGAAGAAGAGCAAAAGGAGGUAGCCUGGGUGGCCGUGGGGGUCCGGGCUUCCACCAGGCUGCAGUCCCACCUCCGACACCGCCAGAUGCCCACGCAGUGGCCACGGCAGGUCGGACGCUGGUGGCAGGGCCCCGGGAGGGCAUAUAUGUACAGCACCUGUAAAUAUCCUUCCCCGCCGGCGAUCCGUGCCCCCCACUGGCAUCUCCUUCUGGCAUCAGACUGACGGUCCCAGGCACCAUGCACUCUCUAGAGGACAGUGGGUAGAAACCCGAAUUCCGUACCCCCAACUCCAAGGGCCCAAUGUCAUUUGGGGCUUCUAGCAAACCUUUUAUUUAUUAUUUAUUUUAUUUAUUUAUGUUUAUUUAUUUAUUUAUGUGUGAUGACUUUUCUGUCUCACCCUCAGUUGCCAUUCGCAGUAUUCAACUAUUUAUUUAUUUAUAUGGAAAGGGUGUGUGAGUGUGUGUGUGUCUGUGUGUCUGUGUGUGAGUGUGUGUGUGUGUUUGGGGGGGGAAUGUGGGGAGAACGUCUCAAUGAUUUUUAUGCCUCUGUUUUCUUUUCCUCGUGUCUCCAUGGAUGGGAUUUGAGACACUGGGUAUUGACCCGGAAGCACUUCAGACCCAAGGUUUAUAAUCCAGAGCAAGGGAGGUCUGGGCUUGGGUCCUAGUUCCUUGCCCACCACUUCCUCCCGGAGGUAGCUGGAAGGUAGAAACGGCCAAGUGGCCUGCGAGCUGAGAUGGCAUCACAGGCCACGUGGCCGGGGCAGAGUCUGAGUCACCUGUGCAGUCAUGGUCUGUGACGGCCCUUUUGGCAGGCAGAGAUGUUAUCUAUGGACAAAAACGUAACACUCAUGGGAGCCACUGUCUGCCGUUGGGUGGACUGUGGGCCAGUGACAGUGACUUUUGCUUUAACACUGGGAGUGGAGGCCCUUCUUAUCUGGAGAGAGCGGAGCAGGAAUAGAGCUGAGAGGGGGGCGGGGGGGGGAUGAGGAGAGCCCCUGGGAACUGGUCUCUGGCAUCUGGGGCGCUUGGAGAGGUUUCCUGUUACACUGGCUCAGACUCCGCCCUAGCGAAUUUCUCAUCAUCCUUGGUAUGGGAGGUGACGCUAUUCCUUCUGUGAUACACACACACACACACACACACACACACACACACACACCCAUGCACGCACGUAGCAGCCAUCCUGGGAAAGAGGCACAAAGCCAAAGCCUUUCUUUUUCCUUUUACCGCAUUCCAUCAGGGGGAGGAAGCUCAAAUCUCUUUCUGAAAUUAGGAAAAUAUUUAAAAGAUCAAAGGAACGGUCAGAGGUUACCAACAACCCCCCUUCCCGGCACCGCCACCAAGAAGGUCACUUCAGAGCCCCUGGACGGACCAGCCUGCAGGCACUGUAGCCGUCCAUCAGCAGAGUCUCCCACCUGCUGGCCGGCCACCGCUGACCCCGCUGGACCAUCCCAGUCACCCCUCAGUGCCCGGCAAUUUGCCAACGGGCUUGUCCAGCUUUGCAUGUGGGGAGACUUUCUGUAAUCUCCCUGGUUGCUUCUCUGCCAAGGGAGUGUCUCUAGCCUGGUGAAAGUCCGCAUGAGUACUCCUUAAAGGCCUGGGGAGUCGGGGAAAUCUCCGAAGCCUCUCAUCUCCCCCACAUUUUCAGGGGCAAACUCUUGUUGGGGUGCUGCUUAGGUGGACCCUUGUUGGCCUGACUCCCUGCGGGCGUCACUCUCAGUAUCUUUUACUUUAUCUGGACGGCCACCGGUUGAGGGACAGGCCUUCCCUGACAGUCCCACGGUCGGGAGGGCCUCUGGUUUGAGGUCUUGCCCAGGACGUUCCUGUUCGAGUGGACACAGUCCAAGAGUCCCUUCCCUCGGGACCAAAGUGCCCACCUCAGAGAGGCGCAGUUCCCCAGAUCCAAGCUCAAAGUGUUGGCCGAGGGAAGGCCUGGACCAAACUCUAAUCACAGGGUGCGUCGGCGGGGAGGUAGAAGGGGAAAGCAAGCCAGCGGAGGAAAGUUUUAGGAGGUUCUCCCGCACGAGAGUGAAAAGCAGAGAGGACCGUGGCUCGUUCAGACAGGCUGACACCAAGCCUUCUUCCAAGAACACGUAGGAACACUAGUAGACUGGUUGAGUUCUCAGAAACAAGACAAUACUCACAUGCAAGGGUCAGAGGGGAUUUUUCUGCCCCAGAGAGCAACCCCCCACCAUCACUCCAUUUACACAUACCCCUCCCUCUUUCCCAAGAGGCUUCUCUUGAAAAGACCCCAAUUCAGGGAGCGCCCAUAGAUGCAGAAGGUUUUUCCUUCUCAAAUUCCACUUCCAUCAUUUCUUCCACUAGGUUGGUGCCUAUUACCCUCCGCCACGGUCUGUCUUUUCUCCACUUGGUUCUGUUCUCUGCUCCCGCAAACGUCACUUCCCACCCACCCCCC